AUGGAGAAAACAGUGUACAGAGGAUUUUCUAUGAAUCGCUAUUGUGUUGUUUUCCUUUUCAUCAGCCUGCAUUCCGCGAAUGGAGACGUGAGCUACUCUGUUGCAGAGGAGAUGAAACGUGGGUCUGUGAUUGGAAAUAUAGCAAAAGAUCUCGGCCUCGGGACUGCUACGCUUUCCUCGCGUAAGGCUCGCAUUGACACGGACCAGAAUGACAAGCGGUAUUGUGAUAUUAAUCUGAGCACCGGAGAUUUGAUUGUUAAUGACAGGAUCGAUAGAGAAGGUCUUUGUGGUAAGAAGGCCACUUGCGUUUUAAAAGAGGAGCUUGUUUUGGAAAACCCCUUAGAGCUUCAUCGUGUCAGCAUUCGCGUGCAAGAUACAAACGACAACGCCCCGCAGUUUAGUGAGGACUUGAUUUCCUUUGAAAUAACCGAAUCAGCAGACAAAGGAGCUAGAUUCUUACUAACUGAAGCCCGUGAUGCAGAUAUCGGUACUAAUGCGGUACAGCGCUACAAUUUACAAAAGAAUGAGCAUUUUACUAUUAAUGUAGAUACCGAUGGUGGUGGACGGAAACACUCUGAAUUGGUUUUGGUGAAAGAAUUAGACCGGGAACAGGAGCAAGAACUAAAAUUAGUGCUAACAGCUCUAGAUGGUGGUUCUCCUCAGAGAUCAGGUACUGCCAUCAUUCACGUCACUGUGCUGGAUGCUAAUGAUAACGCCCCAUUGUUUAGCCAGACUGUUUAUAAAGCCACUCUGCCUGAAAACACACCUUUAGAUACAAUAGUUAUUGCAGUGAGCGCUACCGAUGCUGACGCAGGGCCCAAUGGUGAUAUCACGUACAAUUUUGAUCAUGUAUCUGAUGAUCAUGUCUCAUUGUUUUCACUUGAUCACAAGACAGGAGAGAUAAAAGUCAUUGGGUCUGUCGAUUAUGAGACUGAGACCAGCAUUGAACUGCGAAUAAGAGCAAAAGAUGGACCAGGUCUUACUUCAUAUUGUACAGUAAUUAUAGAUAUAACAGAUGUCAAUGACAACCCACCUGCUAUCAGUUUAAAAUCACUGUCCAACCCCAUACCUGAGAACGUGUCACCUGGUACAGAGGUGGGCAUCAUUAACGUGCAGGACAGAGACUCUGAGAAUAACAGACAGGUCCGCUGCUCCAUUCAGCAGAAUGUCCCUUUUAAAUUGGUUCCUUCUAUUAAAAACUAUUAUUCUCUGGUGACCACAGGACAACUGGACCGUGAACUAGUGUCUGAUUACAACAUUACAAUCACUGCCACUGACGAGGGCUCUCCACCUCUGUCCUCCUCUAAAACUGUUGAGUUAUCUGUAGCUGACAUCAACGACAACCCACCUGUGUUCGAGGAACAGUCGUACAGCGCAUAUGUGACUGAAAAUAACGAACCUGGCUCCACUUUAUGUUCCGUUACUGCUCGAGACCCCGACUGGAGACAAAACGGUACCGUGAUUUAUUCUCUGUUAGCUGGUGAGGUGAACGGUUCCCCGGUGUCCUCCUGUCUGUCUGUUAACGGAGACACGGGGGUGAUCCACGCUGUGAGGUCGUUUGAUUAUGAACAGUUCAGGAGCUUUAAAGUCCACGUGAUGGCCAGAGACAACGGUUCUCCUCCGCUCAGCAGCAACGUGACCGUCAGUGUCUUCAUAUCAGAUGUGAACGACAACUCUCCUCAGAUACUGUACCCCGCCCCGGAGGGCAACUCCUUCAUGACCGAGCUGGUCCCCAAAGCUGCACACGGAGGCUCUCUGGUGUCCAAAGUGAUAGCGGUGGACGCAGACUCCGGACAGAACGCCUGGCUGUCCUAUCAUAUAGUGAAAUCCACUGAUCCGGGACUUUUCAUUAUUGGUCUCCACAGCGGAGAGAUCAGGACACAGCGGGACAUUUCUGAAUCCGACAGCAUGAAACAGAACCUUAUUGUGGCAGUGGAAGAUAACGGACAGCCAUCUCUCUCUGCCACCUGUUCCAUGUAUUUACUUAUUUCUGAUAACUUGGCUGAGGUGCCGGAACUGAAGGAUAUUUCUUAUGAUGAGAAGAACUCCAAACUGACAUCUUACCUGAUUAUCGCUCUUGUGUCUGUGUCCACCUUUUUUCUGACUUUCAUCAUCGUCAUUUUGGGUGUGAGGUUUUGUCGCAGGAGAAAGCCCAGACUGUUGUUUGACGGAGCAGUCGCCAUCCCCAGCGCUUAUCUGCCUCCUAAUUACGCAGAUGUUGACGGCACAGGAACUUUACGCAGCACUUACAACUAUGACGCGUACCUGACAACAGGUUCUAGAACCAGUGACUUUAAGUUUGUGACAUCUUACAAUGACAACACACUUCCUGCUGACCAGACUCUGAAGAAAAGUCCUUCAGACUUUGCUGAAGCGUUUGGAGAUUGUGAUACUUCUCCUGAGAAACAUCCAUUUUAA